CACCCCUUGGUGCCAAUUUUCUGCCAAUUUGGCCCCUCAUUUUAAUUCUCUGCCCCGGGCAUUUCCAGGUCUUCAUUUUUUGGCACUGGAUGCAUCUCAGCAUAGCAGUCAGCAGAUGCUCACUUGUUGACAGCAGAGGAGAGGAACCAAGUUAUACUUGAGCUUAAAGCAGCAGGAUGGUCGAAACUAACAGACAGAGAUGCCAUCUACAAAGAAUUCUCCUUCAAAAAUUUUAAUCAGCUUUUAGGAGAAAGAGGCAGAUGACAAGAAAAUCAGCCGACGUCAGGGGAUGUAUUCAGAGAUACAGCACUGAGGUUAUAUCCUAGACUCAUUUUUCCAGCCAGGCUCCUAUGACUUCUGCAUGUAUGGUGGCCUGUCAUGGCAGCUGAUGUCCUGACUGCUGUCAGUGCCCACCAGCCAGAGACCACCAGGAACCUACCUUUAGAUGAACAAGUUGGGCAUAUUGCUUGUCGAAGUGACGGAGAACACACCCCGAAGGGAACUGUGGGGCAUCUCAGGAAGAGUCAACCUGGUCACCUCAAAUGCAGCACAGGAUUUGAUCAGGCAUUUGGCUUUAUGUCCCGAGUUGCUCUACAAGCAGAGAAGAUGAAUCAUCACCCGGAAUGGUUCAAUGCAUACAACAAGGUCCAGAUAACUCUCACCUCGCAUGACUGUGGUCAGCUGACCAAAAGAGACGUGAAAUUGGCCAAGUUUAUUGAAAAAGCAGCUGCUUCUAUGUGAUUUCUUUCAAAAUGCAUGUAAAAUCUUAUUUACAUCUUAGGUGCAAUGUAUUUUGAGGGUGAUUUACAUGAACAAAUUAAGUUUAAAUUUAUACCAUAUUUUGUAAAAUCAGUGCUUAAAUACAAAAUGAUUUACAUUGAGCCUGAGGUAUUCUUCAUUAUAUCUAAGGUCAUAUAAAAGGCAAACCAGCCUAGGUAAUUAUAUUAAUAAUACAGUAUUGAAAAAGAGAAAUAGCAUUUUUAGAGACCAGAGAUUGGGUUGGAGGAGCAUUCACAUGUUUUAUAACCCAGCAAUUCAAGCGGUUAUGGUGACUUUACAAGUGCAUUGUGUUGGAGAAUAGUUAUAAGGUAGACAAAGAAUGAUAAACUGUAGGUAAAGGGUUAUAACCAUCUAUAACAAUUCUUAUGAAGCUAAUGUUGAUUUGGACUUUAGCUGCUGUUAUUACUUAAUUAGUUAAUUGGAUUAUAAUGUCACAAAAUUGGGUGCGCUAUCUUGUGUUUCUUUCUUUCUUUUAGGCAGAUAGUUGAAGGGAGAGGACAAGUGUUUUGUCUAUGGCUUCCAGCAAGGUGGGACAACAUAAGGAUUCACAGUCAUAAAGGACCAACUUGCCAGGUCCUUAUUUGAAUUACUGAGUUAAGGAGGAUCCAAGGGUCAUUUUUUUGAUCACUUGCUUGUUGUGACCUUUGAACUGAAGGUCUUUAGCCAUUGAGCUAGGAGCUACUUGGGUAUUAUCCAGUAAUGAGCUCUGUUUACUCUGUGUGUCACUAACAGGAGUA